GUGGCCCAAAGUCAAAAUCGCCGUUCCUUCUUGUUGGCAUCCAAAACAUCGCUGAUCAUGAAGCUCCUCAGCCUGAUUGGAGGCCUAUCGGGCUAUGCCGCCGCCCUCGAGCUCACCGCUCCGCUCUUCGGUGACACGGGCGACGUCGGCGCGGAACGCAUCCCAACCAGCUUCGAAUCGGCCGUUAUGGGCAGGCGCGUAUUGGCCCUCAGCAAGCUUGGCACCCUGUCGACGGUGUUUCCCAAGUCGCCCUCCUCAGGCGAGGCGGAUGCCGCGGAGCGACGGCCGGAGGGCCUCGACGGCUUGCCAAUUGCUCUGCUUGAAUACAUCAGUGACUGCGAGGAUGACGGGAACCCAACGCUGCUGGCCAUCAAGAUUGCCACCAGCUUCAAGAACGCCCGCGCAGGCUCCAACCUUUCUCUGUCGGUGGCGUGGACUCCGCCGUAUCCGCCGGCCAAGCGCAUCUCGUUCCUGUCUCGUCUAUCCGCAUUCGUGCCGUUCUUGGGUAACAAGGAGGACGGCGAGGCCUCGGAGCUGGACGGGCCGGGCGGUUCAUCCUUUUCCUCGCCCCCGGACACGGCACCCUACUCUGCGGCCAACCUGCCCAGGUUCUCGCUCAUCGGCUAUCUGGAACCGAUCAAGCCGAGCAUCAAGGAGGCCGUCCGGCUUGCUUCGUGUUACACCUCCAAGCACCCAGACGCCAAGUACUGGCUGCCUGGCAACCCCAUCCAUGCCAGCGAAUGGGCACGGCUGGUGGUUACCCAGGUAUACUGGAUCGGCGGGUUCGGUGAUCGUGCGUACAUUGGAUGGAUUCCCGUCGACGAGUGGAGGAACGUCACCAAGGAGCAGUGGCAGGGCAUUCAGCUGCCUGGUGAGAAGAAGGGCUGGAGCGAGUGGAGCAUCAACGAGGCCGGUGUUGGUGAGCUCUAA